CAGAUUCCCGUUCUUGUCCUUCUAAUGCCCACUCCACUCUCAUCAUUUUCACUUUACAUAACUAAAGCACCCAACAUUUUCUGUACAAAUGGGCAGUUGAAUGGAUCAUCUAAUCCUAUAUAAACUGAUUAAUUUUUGUAUUUAUACUCUCAGAAAUCAUAAAUACACAACAAAAAGGCAGAAUAUAGAACAUUAGGACUAUAAAGAUUCAGUCUUGAAGGCUCUAUAGCACUCCUUUUGCAAUGGCUAGUUUAGAAAUAUCUAGCCUAGACUUAGAAUGCGGUCGCCGGAGCUCCUCGGGAGGCGAAGGGGCCAAUAAGGAGGAGGGCAGUCUCUGUUCCUCCGACGCGGAAGAUGGUUCUUGUCACUCUCAAUUUUAUUCUACAGCAGGUGAUGGCUCCUAUGAUGAUUACAAUUUUGCCUGUGGCUCUGGGCACGGCGAAAAUUUGGUGGCUGAGAAUUUGGAAUAUGAGCGAAAUUCAUCCGUGGCUGAUUCUUCUGAUUGUUCUUCAGUAGUGGACAUAGAAAUUGGUGAAAAUAAAAUGCAUUUGGGGAAAGUUGAGAGAGAUUGUAGGAUUUGUCAUUUGAGUUUGGUGAGUAGUAGCCCAGAAACUGGUGAUGCCAUUGAAUUGGGCUGUUCUUGUAAAGACGAUUUGGCUGCUGUUCACAGGCAUUGUGCUGAGACUUGGUUCAAAAUCAAAGGAAACAAGACUUGUGAAAUUUGUAAUUCGAUUGCACGGAAUGUGGUUGGCCCAAACUAUAUCGAGGCAGCACAACAAACUAAUGGAAGCAAUUCUACUGCAGCUAAUACCGCGUCAUCAGCUGCAGCACUCAUUAAUACAGAAAAUCGAAGUUGCUUAAAUGGACACCGUUUUCUUAACUUUCUCCUCGCCUGCAUGGUUUUCGCAUUCGUGAUAUCUUGGCUUUUCCACUUUAACAUCCCAUCAUGAACAUUAUCAAAGAGUUCUUUCAGAAGAUGUUGGAAAAACUUGGUAUGAUGUCAACAGAUCUGCUAAAGAUAGUGAUAACUUGAUCUGUACUGAUAGUGUAGUGUCAAGUUUUCCACACAUUUCUCUAAGUUAAAUCUCUGUUUUCAGUUUUCACAAAUAUUUCAGUAUUACUAAGGCCUCAUCCGAUGAUUGUGGAUUUAUUUAGCCAUUACGUUCUAAAUAUUAAGGUUGAUAUUUUGUAUACAAUUUUUAGUUUUCCAA